UGAGUGUUAGAGUCAAAGUCAUCAAACAGAAAGUCACAAAGAAAUGAAAGCAACUCUCUCCCUACACGCACCAAACCAACACUGCAAUGGCCGUUGUCAGUCAGUCUGUCCCCAUUUCAUAUUGUGUUGUAUUUGCAGUCAACUCCACUCCCAACACGCCCAGAGCAAACAUCUUUCUUUUCUUCUCCCUUCUUCCCGUGAAUUUCCACUUUGAAAAAGGCAAAUCCCAUCACCAAGCCACCAAUAUCUCUCUCUGUCUGUCAUGUAAUUCUAAUCCUAUUCCCUUUUAUUCUCUUCUCUGCUCUUUUCCUUACUCUUCUGUCUCCUUUCUUGCCCUUCUCAAUCCUGACAAGGAGAGCUCGGUGAAUAGUCUUCUCUACAAUGAGGAGUUGCAGCAUUUACAGCCCUUAUCUGCUCAUAAAUUUCUUCUUCUGUUUAUACCCUUUGGUUUUCUGUCAACUAGCUUCAAACCAGAAGAACCUAAUGAUCAAUAUUUCUCAGCAGCUUGACAUCCCAAGUUCCCCUUGGAAUUCUACAAAAGAGCCGAACCCGUGCCGUUGGAAAGGAGUUACAUGCAGCAUCCCUCUCAACAACUCCGUAGUGUCUCUUUCUUUAUCCGGGUUUGGUCUCUCUACCUCUAACUUUCUACCUAUGUUUUGCCAGAUUGAUUCUCUGCAGUCUCUUAACUUGUCAAACAACUUUUUGGAGUCAAUCCCUGUUGAGUUUUUCAAUAGUUGUGGAAGGAUUGAUGGGUUGAAGAGCUUGAACUUUAGCAAGAACGAGUUGGUUGGUUCUUUGCCUACUUUUCAUAAUUUUGUUGGAUUGGAAUCCUUGGAUUUUUCUUUCAAUUCUUUGAGUGGAAGUAUUGAUUCACGGUUAAAUGAUUUGGUUGCACUCAAAAGAUUGUAUCUUAGUUCCAAUCGUUUUAAUGGCUCUGUUCCUAGCCGAAUAGGACAACCAAUGGUUUUGGAACAACUUGAGCUUUCCAAGAAUAGCUUCACAGGUCCAAUACCAACUGAUAUUGGAAUCAAUCAGAAUUUGGUCCUGAUUGAUCUUAGUUUUAAUAGCCUUAGCGGACCUAUUCCUGAAAGUAUUGGGAACCUCACCAAGUUGCAAAUGCUCAUUCUAUCUUCCAAUCUGUUGACAGGGUUGAUCCCUGCAACCCUUUCAAGUAUCACAACGCUGCAGAGGUUUUCAGCCAAUCAAAACAAUUUUGUUGGCUCAAUUCCUAGUAAUAUCACAAAAUUUCUCAAGAUUUUAGAUCUUAGUUAUAAUAAUUUAAGUGGGAGAAUUCCAUGGGACUUUCUGUCACCAUCAACCUUGCAGACGGUGGAUUUGUCUUAUAAUAGGUUGGAGGGACCAAUACCUGGAAGAAUGUCUUCAAAUUUGAUCAGGUUAAGAUUGGGUAGCAAUUCACUUAUUGGCCCUAUCUCUUCAAUAGAUUUUGCAUCACUUCAGAAUUUGAUGUAUUUGGAGUUGGAAAACAACAGCUUUACAGGAAUGAUACCUCCAGAAAUUGGCUAUUGCUCCAAGUUGGCACUCUUGAACUUGGCUCAGAAUCAGCUGAAUGGAACAUUGCCAGUGGAGCUGGUUAAUCUUACUAACCUUCAGGUUCUGAAACUGCAACUCAACAAGCUUGGUGGUGAAAUCCCAAGUCAAAUUGGCCAAUUGCGUGUGUUAUCCGUGCUUAAUAUCAGCUGGAAUUCGCUUAAUGGCAUCAUACCUUCUUCAAUUUCAAAUUUUGGAAAUCUUCUUAGCUUGAACUUGCAAGGCAACAAUCUCGCUGGUUCUAUACCUGAUCAAAUUAGUAACUUGAAUUCUCUGCUAGAAAUCCAGCUUGGAGAAAAUAAAUUGAGUGGCAAGAUUCCCUCUAUGCCGCUAAAUUUGCAGAUUUCUUUGAAUCUCAGUUCGAACCUCUUUGAAGGACCCAUUCCAAGGACUCUUUCUGGACUGCUUAGUUUGGAAAUUUUGGAUCUCUCUAACAACAAAUUCUCAGGUGAAAUUCCUGGUUUCCUGCUUGGCUUGUCUUCACUGACACAGCUAAUACUUUCCAAUAAUCUACUAUCCGGAAUUAUUCCUAAGUUCAGUUCACAUGUUUUACUGAAUUUAAGUGGAAAUCCAGGACUUUAUAAUGCAACAAAUUCAGUGUCAAGUAACAACAGAAGACCAAUUGCUGUGACAAUUGUCAUUACACUUGCUGCAGCUGCUCUUGCUGUAGGGGUAGUUGCAGUUGUUUUCCUACUGAUCUCAAGACGCUUGUACAAGGUUAAUAAUGCGCAAACACAAUCAUGUCAAGAACUUUCUCCUCCUCAGAUCAUGCAAGGUAACUUUUUGACAGCAAAUGGAAUACAUAGAUCAAAUAUUGACUUUGCCAAAGCCAUGGAAGUGGUUGCCAAUCCAGCAAAAGUUGUUCUGAAAACCAGGUUUUCCACCUAUUACAAAGCUAUCAUGCCAUCAGGAGCAAGCUAUUACGUCAAGAAGCUUAACUGGAGUGACAAGAUAUUCCAAUUGGGCAGCCAUGAUAAAUUUGAACAAGAGCUAGAGGUGUUGGGGAAGCUAAGCAAUUCAAAUGUCAUGAUUCCUUUGGCCUAUGUAUUGACAGUUGAUAGUGCAUAUCUAUUCUAUGAAUUUGCCCCAAAGGGUACCCUCUAUGAUAUCCUUCAUGGCAGCUUGAAAAAUUCUUUGGAUUGGGCAAGUCGUUACAGUAUAGCAGUUGGAGUAGCUCAAGGUCUUGCUUUUCUGCAUGGAUGUGCUUCAAGUCCGAUUCUCCUCCUUGACCUUUCAAGCAGAAGCAUUGUGCUUAAGUCUCUGAAGGAGCCACAGGUUGGAGACAUUGAGCUUUGUAAAGUAAUCGAUCCAUCCAAGAGCUCUGGAAGCCUUUCCACAGUAGCCGGUUCUGUAGGCUAUAUUCCUCCAGAGUACGCUUAUACAAUGAGGGUAACAAUGGCUGGAAACAUUUAUAGCUUUGGCGUUAUACUGCUGGAAUUGCUGACAGGAAAACCCGCAGUUAGUGAGGGAACUGAGUUAGCCAAGUGGGUAUUGAGUAACUCAGUGCGGCCGGAUAAGAGGGAUCACAUCCUUGAUUUUAGUAUCAGUAGGGCAUCACUGGUGAUCAGAAAUCAGAUGCUUGCAGUCUUGAAAGUUGCUCUUGCUUGUGUUAGUGUUUCACCAGAGACAAGGCCCAAAAUGAAGAGUGUGCUAAGGAUGCUCCUCAAUGCAAGGUAAUUCCACCACGGACUUUGUAUUGUAACCUUGAUUAGCUACUGAGUUUGUUGUUUCAUACAAAUCACAGAUAGAUAGAAGAAAACUAGUUUUGUCACACAAGGCAAUGGCAGCCCUUGGAAGGCAACCAGCAUGUAGAAAUGGUUUGUUUUGAAUGCAUUCUCAUAUGUAAUAAAAUAGUAUGGUUUGUUUUGAAUGCAUUCUCAUAUGUAAUAUAAUAGUAUUGUCACACAAAGACCUGUAAACUUAGUUAUAAAGAGCAGUCAAGCCACUGUUCUGAU